GGCAACGAUAGGAGCCAGCGGAAAUGGGGCUCGCGUCCCGCAGCACUGCUGCAGUAGGGGUAGGAGCUGGGACCACUGUUGCCCGCCCGUGCCGGCCCAACGCUGUCCCCAACCCCACCCCGAACCCGCCGCCCGAGGGCGCGAUUCCCCCGGGAGCAGCCGUGUCUCCAGCAUGGUGCUUAAAGCUUUCUUCCCCACGUGCUGCGCUUCAGCAGACAGCGGCCUACUCAUUGGACGAUGGGUCCCAGAGCAGAGCAGCGCCGUGGUCCUGGCUGUGGUACACUUUCCCUUCAUCCCCAUCCAGGUCAAGGAGCUUUUAGCGCAGGUGCAGCAGGCUAGCCAAGUAGGUGUGGCUGUGCUGGGUACCUGGUGCCACCGUCGGCAGGAGCCUGAGGAGAGCCUGGGCCACUUCCUGGAGGGCCUGGGUGCCAUCUUCUCCCACGAGCCUUGGCUCCAGCUGUGCCGGGAGAGGGACAGCAAGUUCUGGAGCUGCAAGGCCACCUAUCAGCAGGUGCCUACCUCCCCUGGUGCCCACAGUGAGGACCAGGUCAUGCUCAUCUUCUAUGACCAGCGCAAGGUGCUGCUGUCCCAGCUGCACCCGCCUGCAGCCCUGCCUGAUCACCAGGCUGGAGAUGCCACAGCCAGUGCUUGUGGCUUGGCUGCUGUCUUUGAUACAGUGUCACGAAGCAAGGCACUAUUCCGAAGUGACCAGUUUGAUGAGGGCCUUGUGCGGCUGAGCCACUGGCAGUCAGAGGGUGUGGAAGCCAGCAUCCUUGUGGAGCUGGCCAAGCAGGCCUCGGGGCCCGUCUGCCUGCUGCUGGCCUGCCUGCUGUCAUUCAUCUCAGCUGCCAGCACCUGCCGGGUAUUCAAGCUGUGGCCACUGUCCUUCAUCUGGAGCAAGCUCUCCACAUGUGAGCAGCUCAGGCACCGGCUGGAGCAGCUGACACUCAUCUUCAGCACCCAGAAAGCCGAGAACCCCUCCCAGCUGAUGAGGAAGGCCAACAUGCUUGUCUCCGUGCUCCUUGACGUGGCCCUAGGUCUUGCGCUGUUGUCCUGGCUCCACAGGAAAGACCGAAUUGGGCAGCUGGCCGAUGCCCUAGUACCUGUGGCUGAUCGAGUGGCCGAGGAGCUCCAGCAUCUGCUGCAGUGGCUGAUGGGUGCACCUGCUGGGCUCAAGAUGAACCGGGCGCUGGACCAGGUGUUAGGCCGCUUCUUCCUGUACCACAUCCACUUGUGGAUCAGCUACAUCCACCUCAUGUCCCCCUUCAUCGAGCGAAUCCUGUGGCAUGUGGGCCUCUCAGCCUGCCUGGGCCUCACAGUUGCCCUGUCCAUCCUGUCGGACAUCAUCGCCCUCCUCACCUUCCACAUCUACUGCUUCUAUGUCUAUGGUGCCAGGCUCUACUGCCUGAAGAUCUGUGGCCUGUCCUCACUCUGGCGCCUGUUCCGGGGGAAGAAGUGGAAUGUUCUGCGCCAGCGGGUGGACUCCUGCUCCUAUGACCUAGACCAGUUGUUCAUUGGGACUUUGCUCUUCACCGUCCUGGUCUUCCUGCUGCCCACCACGGCCCUGUACUACUUGGUGUUCACCCUGCUCCGGCUCCUGGUGGUCACUGUGCAGGGUCUGAUCCAUCUGCUCGUGGAUCUUAUCAACUCCUUACCGCUGUAUGCACUCGGCCUCCGGCUCUGCCGGCCCUACAGACUCGCAGCUGGUGUGAAGUUUCGAGUCCUGGAGCAUGAAGCUGGAAGGCCCCUCCGUCUCCUGAUGCAGAUAAACCCCCUGCCCUACAAUCGUGUGGUACACACCUACCGUCUCCCCAGCUGUGGCUGCCACCCCAAGCACUCCUGGGGCUCCUUGUGCCGCAAGCUCUUCUUCGGGGAGCUCAUCUACCCCUGGAGGCAGAGAGGGGACAAACAGGACUGAGGGGCCCUGGCCACCAGCCCACUCAGCACCAUUGCACGACCACGGUCAGCCCUCUACCCUGGGUGGUAUUGACUGUCAGGCAGCAUGUGGCCCUUCACUCUGACUUUCCUGCCCCGAAUUGUCUGGGACCUCUGCAGGCCCUGCCUGUUGCAUAUAGUCCCAACUACGAGGUUGAAUUUGAGGUCAUGGGGUGGUGAGCAGGAGGAUGCUGGGGGUGGGGGGUGCCCAGCCAGGUCAGCUGGCCUGUGCUCUAUAAAGAGCAUUGUUGCCUCAGGAUCCGCUUGCUAUCUGUCAUGAUGAUGCUGUUAGUCCAAUCCCCCACUGACUUCCCUCAGACCCAGGCCCUGCCUGGGAGGGGUUUGCAGAGCCCCACCUCUGCCUACCAAGUCCUUCUCUAGUGGGGUGAGCUGACAUGUCUCCCUGGAUGCUCCAUGGUGGCUCAACCUUGUCAUGGGGUGGGGGGACUCCUCCCAGGUGGCACUCAAUAGUUCUUGAGACUCUGAUUCUCAAGCAUCUUUUCCUUGGGUAUUUUUCUACAGACACGCUUCUGGGUCCCCAGUACAUCCCAGCUGCCUCAGUGGGGCAGUGGCCAGCCAAUAUGGGGGAUCCAAGUAACCACUGACCCCUGGACCAAACCGGCACCCCCAAUGAGGCAGUGCCCCCUAUACCCUGAACUGCACAGGGUUAUUUGUGAUGCUUCCUGGGGAAAUUGCUAUGCAAGAGAAGCUACUCACGGCUUUUGGAAGUCCCUAUGUGAAGCCAGGCUAUAUGGGGUACUCAGAGCUGCCUUGCUAGAAGCUGAGUGUGUGCCCAGUUCCUGUCCUAUGCUCCUGAAGAAUAGACCUCUUGGCCAAAUCUCCCAUCUCCCCUCACUAGUUUCCUAACAAAGCAGGCAGGUCCUGGGCAGAUGCUUCUGUGCCCCUCUGGGGAAGGGUCCUGAUACUCAGGCUGCGUCUGCCUGCUGGCUGGCUGUAGGAUCUGUGUGGGUGUGAGUCACAGAAUCCCCAGGGUGAGGAAGCCUGAAGGUACGGCUGCAUCACAUGAAGUUUGUCAUCUUGGAGUUGGCAACUUUGUGCCAUAGUCAGGGGCGGGGGUGGCCGAUACUCCCUGUCCAUCAUGGGCAUGCAGGACUGUUCACUUCUGCUCCCCACACUCCUUGGCUACAUACCAUACAGGGGGCUGCUGGGGAAGUCCCUACCAUCUGGUGGGACCAGUCCUGGCUCCGCCUUUCUCUGCUGUGACAUUAAAGCCUUUCGUGUGUUUGA